AGCUUUGAAUACCCGUUAAGCUGUAAACAUUUUGGGAGUUCUCAUCCCCGGCAGCGAAGUGGUUGUUACGAAUAACUGGAGAGAGAUUGGCAGCGGAGCGGGAACUCAAGAUGGGAGAAAACAGGUCUGUCGCCGCCGCACCACCACCGUCGUCGGCAAAAGCCUCCGCCAUCGAUGACGCACUUCUCAAGCAAUUCUUCGCUGAGGUCAGCGAGGUUGAGCGCGACAACGAAGUUAUAAGGAUACUUUCAUGCUUCAAGUUGAAUCCAUUUGAAUACCUUAACCUGUCAUUUGAUUCGUCCAUUGACGAAGUUAAAAAGCAGUAUCGUAAGUUGUCCUUGCUUGUUCACCCUGAUAAAUGCAAGCAUCCACAAGCAAAGGAGGCAUUUGGUGCCUUAGCUAAAGCGCAACAGUUAUUACUUGAUCAACAGGAGAGGGAUUACAUUCUGAGCCAAGUUGUUGCAGCAAAAGAAGAAUUAAGAUCAAAGUGGAAGAAGCAGCUUAAAAAAGAUACUGCUAGUAAAUUGAAGUCAUUAGUUACUGAGGGUAAAUAUGACCAAGAACAUGAGCAGUCAGAGGAAUUCCAGCAGCAGCUCAGGUUGAAGGUUAGAGAAAUAUUGACAGAUCAAGAAUGGCGGAGGAGAAAAAUGGCUAUGAGGAUAUCUGAAGAGGAAGGUCGCUUGAAGAAAGAUGAGGAAGAAACAAAAGAGAUGUGGAAAAGAAAACGUGAGCAUGAGGAGCAGUGGGAAGGAACUAGAGAAAAGAGGGUGUCCAGUUGGAGAGAUUUCAUGAAGGGGGGGAAAAAGGCUAAGAAAGGAGAGAUUCGGCCUCCAAAGCUGAAGACAGAAGAUCCCAACAAAUCUUAUGUUCAAAGACCAGUUAAACGAGGUUAACGCAUGUACUCUGAUGGGUUUUUAUUGCUUCCGUAGUGACGUGAAUCUCAGUGAAAGCUUGAACUGGCGUCUUGAGUAUAAGCUUCACCCUUGUAUAAAGUUGUAUUUGUUGAGAAGCCAAUUAUUGAGCAGCAAAUUACAUUUUGCUCUCGAGUGUAAACCAGGUAGGAGAGCUUUUGGUAUUAUGUUCGGUGCACCAGGCUCCUCAGAUCUGGUGUAUUUUCCAUAUUCUCUAGCUCUAUAGUCCAACGAGUUGGGUCCGUGGAGAGAGCUAAUGAGAUGUACACAAAUCUUACCCCAACCUUUGCAGGGUAGGGAGUGUCAGGUGCAAGAUAAUUAGCAAAAAUAGGUGCAUAUCUUGCACAAGCCAUGUUCAGCAUUUUAGUUUUCCCUAAAGUACCAUCUCUAUUCUCCACCCUUAGUGCUUGAACAUCAUUAUUUUUAUUUGCAAGACUAUUUUUCGAAUUA